AUGGCGUCCCAAGAACGGAGCAUGCCGUUCAUCAAGAACCUCGCCUCGAGCGACCGCAAAAUCCGCACCUCGGCGCUCGCCUCCCUCCACGCCUUCCUCUCCGCGCGCCAGGUCGCGUCCGCGCUCACCCCGCUCGACGUGCUCAAGCUGUGGAAGGGCCUCUUCUACGCGCUGUGGAUGUGCGACCGCGCCAUCCCCCAGCAGAACCUCUGCAGCGAGCUGGCCGACCUCAUCUAUGUCCUCCCGCGCGAGGCCGUCGUGCCCUGGAUGCGCGGCUUCUGGGCGACCAUGGCGCGCGAGUGGACUAGCAUCGAUGUGCUGCGCAUGGAGAAGUUUCUGCUCCUCGUUAGGCGGGUCGUUGGGGCGGGGUUUAAGUGGAUGAGGAAGGGGAGCGGGAGUGAGGGGAGUAAGAAGAAGGGGAAUAAAGAGGGUUCCGACUGGGAUGCGAGUAAAGUGGACGACUUGGUGGUGUUGUUGGGAGAGUGGCCGCUUGCGCUCGAAGAGGAGGCGCGGAUAGAACAGAUUGCCGACGUCGAAAGAGGAGGAUGGCGCCCAAAUAGAGCAGAAGAUCCUCCGGCAGGACUAAGUCCGGCUGUGCGGGUUAGGUCAAAGGAGUCGUUGGCUGAUGAGCGUCUUCCCGGGAACAGGAAACCGGAAUCCGAGGCGCAGGUAGACGAUGGUACAGAGGACGCCGAGGGCGAUGGCGGCGAUUGGGGCGGUUUUGAUGACUAG